AUUUCCUCCCUCUUCCGUCUUUACCCCUUUCAAGUCAUACGUUGUGCGUGGAUGCAUAUUUUUGAUAUGAUUAGUUUUAAUUUGAAUUAAAAUGACUUAUUUAAAAUCCUGGGAAGAAUUCGAAAAAGCUGCCGAAAAAUUGUACCUUCAGGCACCAUCAAAAGCACGAUACACGAUGAAAUACGUGCAUUCAAAAAAUGUAUUAGUUUUAAAAAUGACAGAUGAUGUAGUGUGUUUACAAUUUAAAACGGAAAUAGCUCAAGAUGUACGAAAAAUAGAUAAAUUUAUCAACAAUUUAAUGCGACAUAUGGCAUCUAAAGAACACUAACAUAACCUCAAAUGUCAACAUAUGCAAUAUUAUUAUUGUGAGGUAUGUCUUUAAGCAUUUUUAUUUUUGUUACAAUGCAUUGGAAAAUAAUAAAAAUCAUUCAGUUA